AUGAUUGCUUACCUGGAUGCCAUUCUCGGCGCCGCAUUUCUCUACCUUGUCCGUCAUCGACCCAGCUAUGCGGUAUGGAUUGCGCGAUACUUCGCCCUCCGAUUCGGCUGGUAUACUCUCAUUUGCCUCAUGAUUUCCGAGAUGUAUCAAUACUUCCGCCGCAGCAAUCUCCCGAAGGCUUUCGGCUCUGUUUGCAUCUGGUUCCUAGGGCUAACCAUUGUCACCACUAUGCAAUUCCUCCUCCUGCGCCUAGGAGACCAACUCGUCAUAACGCGGCAUUGUGGAGCCUACGAUGCCAACAACCUCGACCUUCAUAGGAUAGUGGCAGGCAGAAUGUUCCCAGUGACGGAAGGAAUGGCUCUCCACCUGAACCCAAUGGGCAGGCAACUGAACGCAAGCUACUGCAACAUUGAGCUGGUUCGACAAACACUCUACUCGUCCAAGACCAUCUCGAAAAUGGAGACCGAGCAAAAUGUUUACGAAACUAGACCAGAGUUGCAAAGGUCGAUGCAUAAACGCUGCAAUGCUCGUGCAGCCGCCACCACUGCCAGCACACGACAAAAGAACCCAGCCGACUCAAAAGGCUACGAUCUUACAUCCCUCGCACUGUCCAUCACCGAAGCCCAAUGGGUACUCGUCCAGUCAGGUGGCCCACUUUCCACUUCCCGAAAAGUCGGACUCACCAACAUCAACCUCUUCGCCGCUCUCAAUUCUCUCCCUACGAACCCGACGUUCUGGGACGAUGCUCGCAGACUGCCGUCGCCAUUGAGUGGCAAGAACACGAACCAAUUCACUCUGAGCUACAUCUAUCAAGCCCUCUUCCGUCCAAUUCUUAGUCGUGAACUCUACCCAUACAGUCUGCGCCUGCUCGAGUUCAUCAUGACGAAGUUUUUAUCGAACCCGGAAUACCCCCGAGCCCGUACAUCUUUCCACGAAUUUCUUAAAGCAACGCAGGAACACGCUGAUGCUGUCGAAUGGGCCCAUAACCGACGAUGUGUAUGCGAUGACGCUUCCGUCGUAUCAGGCCCGACGGAAUGUGAUCUCGAUCACGAUCUUGGAAAUUAUCUCCGGCGCUGGAUUUCUCAUUUUUCCACGACUACGAAUACGAUAGAGGUUGAUCGUGCGCCCAUCGAGAAAAUUCUGGAGUUGAGGAGGGGAAAGCAUCCUUGUGAGGCAUGGAGGGAGGCGAAGGGUUUGCUUAGCGAAGCGAGUCAAAGGCAAACGGCGGAGGAAAAGCAGAGCGAGAAGGAGAAGAAGCCAAUAAUGGACUCAGAAGAUGACGAAUACAAGAUCUGGCAAUCUUCGCAUUGUGGGACUUUGGGUCCUUUGGGUGGUACGGGGAGAAAGGUUCCGGAUAUGUGGAUGGGUUGGUGGGAUCUUUUGGGAACGAGGAGGGAGGUCGAGGUUGUGGGAAAGCAGCUCUGUCCAGCCGUCCUUGUCGGAAAAGGCCUUUCCUUCCGCGACAAUGUCGGCGUGUUGCAUCACUUCCGAACUGCUCUUACAUCUACAUCUGUAGCACUUCGAAAGACAAUCGGGGUAGCGACGCUCGAGACCGAGGUUUGCUGGGACUUAGACGCUCUUGCGCAGACGUUGGGACGCCGCGGUAAUUAUGUCUGGGGCGCCUACGAGCUAGACGAGAGCGAAGGAGCGAUUCCGCCUGCUGCUAGUAUUAUCAACUGCACUGUAGCAUUCUGUAAUCCAAUUUAA